UUUGCUUCUCUGUUGCUUACUCCACACCCGACACCGCGUCCGCCCCCCACCUCGCAGCCGGUUCAAAGCAACCUGUGCCCUAUCGGUCUCCCACCUCGCCCGCCUCGCUAGAUCAGAGGCGAUCUCUCCGCAGGAGUCGGGAGGGCGGCCAUGGCGUCGUCGCAGGCGAACCUCGACAAGAUGCAGCUCCGCCAGAGCUACCGCAACCUGUGGCACACCGACCUCACGAGCACCAUCCAGGCCGACUUCCCCUACUGCUGCCUCGCGCUGUGGUGUGGACCAUGCGUGUCGUACAUGCUUCGCAAAAGGGCUCUCUAUAACGACAUGUCGAGAUAUGUCUGUUGUGCUGGCUAUAUGCCAUGCAGUGGAAGGUGUGGUGAAAGCCGAUGCCCAGAAUUCUGUCUUGCAACUGAGGUGUUUCUUUGCUUUGGCAAUUCAGUAGCGUCAACCCGCUUCUUGCUGCAAGAUGAAUUCAACAUCCAGACAACUCAGUGCGAUAACUGCAUCAUUGGCUUCAUGUUCUGCCUUAGCCAAGUUGCUUGCAUCUUCUCUCUAGUUGCAGCUAUUGUUGGCAGUCAGGAACUUUCAGAGGCUUCCCAGAUCCUUUCCUGCAUAUCUGAUAUGGUCUACUGGACGGUUUGUGCCUGUAUGCAGACACAGCACAAAGUUGAAAUGGACAAGAGGGAUGGGAAGUUUGGCCCACAGCCUAUGGCAGUGCCACCAGUGCAACAAAUGUCGCGCAUCGAUCAGCCUAUCCCGCCUCCUGCUGGAUAUGCACCACAACCAGCAUACGGGCAGCCUUAUGGUGGCUAUCCACCUCCUCCUGCUCAAGGUUAUCCUCCAGUUGGUUACCCUGCGCCAGGUUAUCCCCAGGCUCAGGGUGGUGCGUACCCUCCACCUGGUGCGCACCCUCCACCUGGUUCUUACCCCCCGCAAGGUUCCUACCCCCCACAGGGUUACUAUGGCAAGUAAACAACGUUCAACAAUUGGAGAGAUGCCUUAGCUUGGCAACCAAAAUAUUGUGUGAAACAUGUAAACAGUAGGACUGUUGUAGUUUUAUAGGUGAUGCUAAGUCAAUGUGAAUGCUCUGGGUGUUGAUCAUUCUGUGUUGAGUACAUCCUUUAAAUAAGGAACGACUGUGAUGUAUGCAAGUCAGAGUCGGAAAGCUGUAUUUGAAUUUGGUGAUAACCGUUGUUCAUGGAGAUUGUAGGUUGUCUGUUUUCGACGAUUGAUCA